CUUGUAGCGGUAAACAACAGUUACGCCUAACAUCAUUCCUGAGGAAAGAGAACAGGAGAAGAAAGACAAUGACUACUGUUGUGACAGAGCUGUCUAAGUAUUGGAGACUUAUGCUGUUGACACUGGUGCUGGGGAUUGGGGGGUCAUUUCAAUAUGGGAUUCAAGUGUCUGUCAUGACCUCACCCUCAGAGACAAUUCAGAACUUUGUGAACCAGACAUGGAAGGACCGCUAUGGAGAACCAGCAGAUGAGUCCACAGUGAAGCUUAUCUGGUCCUUCAUCAUGUCCAUCUUCAGCCUCGGGGGGUGGCUGGGAGCCAUCAACAGUGGUAAAAUCCCAGUCAUCUAUGGCAGAAAAAAAUGUUUGCUGUUCAAUAAUGUUGUAGCGAUUGUGGCGGCAGUGCUGAUGGAAUUCAGCAGAAUGGCUCAGUCCUUUGAGAUGAUAUUACUGGGAAGAUUUCUGUAUGGAUAUAAUACAGGUCUUGGUCUUAGCGUCCAUCUCAUGUACUUGGGUGAGAGCUCGCCGAAGAAACUGCGUGGAUUUCUCACACUAACCUCAUCGAUCUUCAUUGGUUUGGGGAAAGUUUUGGGUCAAAUUGUUGGGCUCAGAGAACUGAUGGGUACAGAUACCCUGUGGCCAUAUCUGCUGGCACUGAGCGGCAUUCCUGCCCUGGUGCAGUUUCUUGGCCUGCUCUGUUUCCCAGAAUCCCCACGCUACCUGUACCUGGACAAGGGUGAUGAGGAGGGCUGCAAAAAAGCUUUGGAGGAGCUGUGGGGUGGCGAAGACAUCAAGCUGGAACUGGAGGACAUGGCCAGGGAACGGGAGGCGAUGGCAGGCGAGAAGGCCAAGACGGUGUGGGACGUCCUGCGGUCUCGGGCAGUGCGCUGGCAGUUGCUGACUUUGAUUUUCCCCUGUGCCUGCAUUCAGUUCUGUGGAAUCAAUGCGAUUUACUUCUAUGCAUUCGACAUCUUUCGGGAAGCUGGGGUUCCGGAAAACAAGAUGCGCUACCUUUCCAUCGGCAUCGGCACAACAGAACUGGUCACCAUAUCACUGUGUUCAUUUCUGAUAGAUCGUGCUGGCAGGAAGAAGCUGAUGGGGCUUGGCUACCUCUUCAUGGGAUUGAUCCUGAUCGUUCUCACUGUGAUGCUGUCUGUGAAGGACAAGUACUACUGGGUUCCGUACUUCAACAUAACCCUUCUGUUCUCUGUUAUCUGUAUCUAUGGAUUGGGACCAUCCGGAGUGUCGAUGGUGCUUCCUGCUGAUUUAUUCCUGCAGGCCUGGAGGCCAUCUGCAUAUGCCAUUAGCGGGACAGUUAACUGGCUUGGUCUGUUCUUUCUUGGGAUGUUUUUUCCUUACAUAGUGGAAGGCCUUGGCCCGUACUGCUUCCUCAUCUUUGUGGUCUACUGCAUUCUUAGUGCAAUAUUCCUGCUGUGGUUCAUUCCCGAAACCAAGGGGAAGACUAUGGUUGAGAUUAUGGAAGACUUCGACAAGCUUAACUUCAAGGAUAGGAGAAUGCCCAUCAACAAGGAGGAUUUUACCCUUGCCACAAAACUCUGAGAACAUCUGCAAUAUCAUUUAUUUUUGCACUUUUAGUUAAAUUAAAAAAUUCAGGAGUAUGUUAAAUGGGGAAUAUGUCCACUUGACAGAGUGUAUGGGUAGGAAGUACUGUGACUUGUUAGUGCUUUCACCAGAAGCUGAUAUUUGAUAAUGGAGUCUAGAAAAGAUUAUUGUUAAUUUAUGUGGCGAAAAUAUUUGUCCAAAGCCAUUUAGAGCUGUGCCCAUUUAUGCAGCUGGGCAUUGUGGGAAGGCUCGUAACCUUCCAGUUGUGAGUUCAGAGCCCUCAGUGGUCUGCUGCCAGAGAGCUGGCAUGGUCAUAUUGCUUAGCUUUAUUUCAGAAUCAGGUAUUUCCUAUAUUUCAGCACAUGCUCCUCAGCUGAAUCUCAAAGGUAUCCAUUGAGGAGGUGUAUCAUGAAAUUUCAGGUGUUUUCCAUGUUGUUGAUAUAUAUGCUAUUAAGAUCCAAUAGCACCUGUUCUUAAACAAUAGUAAAAAGAGUAGUAAAAAGUGAAUCUUGUGUUAUCUGUAUGUCUUAUUUUAAACACUAUGCUGUUUAUUUUGAAACAACAUUCUGUGCCUGAACAUAACUUGUUUGAUUUAUUUUUAAAUUUAGUUCAAUAUGUUCAAUAUGUGGGUUUGCUAAAGGGCACGAUCAUGGUAGGAAUCUCUCUUCUUUCCAGAGUCCAUAGUCACAAUGUCGUCCUGUGUGGAUUUUCAUAUUUCUUUAGCAACUCAUGUUUAGGCAAUUUGUCUUCAGAAAAAAUCAUUUGCCGCAUGAAAUAAAAAGAAAUGUCUGAGGUUAAAAAAACAGUCAGGCACUAUUUCCUUUUUCUUUUUGGGGUUUCCAUGCAUGGUAAAUGAGACCAUUAAAGGCUUAGGAACUAUGACUUGAUUCACUUUUGAAAAAACACAGAAGGAAGUAUAAAUAAACGAAUCCUGGCUUUAUGACCAGGGAUGUAUCUGCUCACACUUUUAUGGACUAAUUGGAGAGGAGCGAUAUCUUGUUACAUGGUGACCACAACUGUGCACAAUAUUCUAUAUGAGGUUUUACUAGUGCAAAUCAACAUACAGUAAUUCUAAGCAGGUUCUGUACAUCUAGAUUAUCCCGCUGUGGCCUUGCCAUCCACUGUCAUGUUAAACACUACAAUGAAAUCACACUCGCUAAUAUUCAUCAGGUCUGACUAUACGAGAGAUUGAUUCAUCACUAAAGAGGGCAUCACAGAGGUGACUUAUUUUCUUACAUAUUCUUUCUUGAUUUCUUCCAGGCUUGUC